CCGUCCUUCACUAAAAGACGUGCCGGUAUCUGUUUUAGAUAUACUCACAGUCUGAUAUGAGCAGAUGCAAAAGAAUGAAGAUGGAGACAUCUUGAGGUCCUAACUCUGGAGGGUCUCAACAGCUGAGUCUCAAACAUGCUGUCAGGACUAGUUGCUGCUGCCUGCCACUCUUUGAAGUGGACAUUGCCUCUCUGGAAAGCCACUCUUCACAGAACUGAUUGCCUGUCAAAGCCAAGGCGAUGGCUACCAGGAGCUGUGGCUCAAAGAGGGGCUCAUAGGUGGGUUACAGCACCAUCAUCAAGGAAAAACCAGACACCAGUGUUUGCCAGAGCUCCAACAUUUGGAGAUAGGCUUGCUAUCAUCGACAGCUCUGGCAGCCACAGCUACAAGCAGCUGUAUGGCAGCAGCUUAGGUCUUGCAGGUAGAAUUAGCACAGCUCUCAACUCUAACUUUGGGGGUCUGGAAGGCAAACGAAUUUCCUUCCUGUGUGCUAAUGAUGCUUCUUACACAGUGGCACAGUGGGCGGCUUGGAUGAGUGGUGGGACAGCAGUGCCACUCUACCGAAAACACCCUCAGUCUGAACUGGAGUACAUCAUCUCUGACUCCCAGAGUUCGCUGCUGGUGGCGGGACAUCCCUAUGCUGACACCCUCGAGCCUCUGGCACAGAGGCUGGGGGUGCCAUGCCUGACGCUUCCCCCUACUCCUGACCUGGUCACUUUAGAUGGGGCAGACUCCCAGGAGAAGGAGACAGCCAUCUCAGACUGGGCUGAUCGGCCAGCGAUGAUCAUCUACACCAGUGGUACCACAGGAAAACCCAAGGGAGUUCUGCACACGCACAGCAGCAUCCAAGCCAUGAUCCAGUGUCUGGUUUCAGAGUGGGCGUGGUCCAGAGAUGACAUCAUCCUCCACACCUUGCCGCUCCACCACGUGCAUGGCAUCGUUAACAAGCUGCUGUGCCCGCUCUGGGUGGGCGCCACCUGCGUCAUGCUGCCUGAUUUCCAGCCUCAGAAGGUGUGGGAGAUGCUGUUGAGCUCCAAGGCUCCUCUGGUUAACGUGUUCAUGGCCGUGCCAACUAUCUACUCUAAGCUGAUCCAGUACUACGAUCAGCACUUCACACAGCCUCAUGUCAAGGACUUUGUCAAAGCGGUCUGCAAAGAGAGGAUCAGGCUAAUGGUUUCGGGCUCAGCUGCUCUCCCCCUGCCCACUCUGCAGCGCUGGGAGGAGAUUACAGGACACACACUGCUGGAACGCUACGGCAUGACUGAGAUCGGUAUGGCACUUUCCAAUCCUCUCAGGGGCCCACGCAUCCCAGGGGCUGUGGGGUUGCCACUUCCAGGUGUUGAAGUUCGGAUUGUCGUGAACAACACAACCAACAUUACAAUUGUGGAGGGCAAUCACAGAGAGACUCAGGUGCGUCAAGGUCUGGAUGGGAAAGAAGGAGAGCUCCUAGUUCGGGGUCCAUCUGUCUUUAAGGAGUACUGGAACAAACCUCAAGAGACCAGAGAGUCUUUCACUGAUGAUGGCUGGUUCAAAACAGGAGACACGGCGGUCUAUAAAGACAGUGUGUAUUGGAUCAUGGGCCGCAGCAGCGUUGACAUCAUCAAGAGUGGCGGCUACAAGAUCAGUGCCCUCGAGGUGGAGCGUCACCUACUGGCUCAUCCAGACAUCAUAGAUGUGGCUGUGAUUGGGGCCCCAGAUGCCACUUGGGGUCAGAAAGUCACUGCAGUGGUGCAGCUGAAGAAGGGGCAGAGUAUGAGUCUGCCAGAGUUGAAGACCUGGGCGAGGGAGCACAUGGCACCCUACAGCAUCCCUACUGGCCUGGUCCUGGUGGAGGAGAUGCCAAGGAAUCAGAUGGGCAAGGUCAACAAGAAGGACCUCCUGCAACACUUCUUCCUAUGACUGGGCCACUUCAAUAUGUGUGACAACAUGCAAGUUCCUGGUUAAAGAACAGCAGGUGUAGUUUCUUGCUUUCCCCAUCUGGUCCUUGGAUCACGCAAACAUCAUAGACAAGUAUGCAGAGGAAAUACAAAAGUAUUGAAUAAACACCUCAUGGAGACCUCUGAGAUAACUUCAUCACUGCUACAAAUCACUGCAAAUCAUGCCAAGCAUUGUUGAUCAGUUACCCAAAUUACAACUGAAUUUAUCAAGUAAAAAUCUAAAUUAUCUCAAGUACCUUCAAAAAUAGUGGUGACGGUUUAAACUAACCAACGUACAGUGUAUAAGAAGUUGCCUAGUACUGUGAAUUGGUAUGCAAUACGACUAAUAUGACCCACUUUUGUAGGGUUUGUAAUUGUUCCUGGUUCCAUACUUCAUACAGUAUAAUUUCUAAGCAGCUUUAGAAUAUGUAGUAUGUUUUCACACAAUGCUCAAAACACUCAAUGCAGACUGAAAACACUUCUUAGUGCAGUGACACUAGCCACAGUGUACUGUACGAAUGGAAGAGCUGCUGCAAACAAAAACAUAAAUGAAGGAUUUUCAUUUAACUGUGGUACUUCUGGUGCAGUUUGUAUACUCACUGCAAAAACAGUUGACUAUAAAGAUAAAAAAAAUAAUAAAAUAUAAAAUACUUUAUACAACUAGUAUGUUGUAUAGAACUGGGACAAAAACUGUGAUACAGUUACUUCGAUGUCAGUCUCCUUUAUGACCCAGCAGUACUGAGAUGCUUAGUCUGCUGUGGCACCAGAUGAAUACUAGCACAUACCAUGAACUGAAUGUUCAACAGUCCCAGUACAAAUACUUAAACACAACGGUACCUCCUAAUAAAAAGUGUUUUGAAUGCUAUUAUUGGUAUAUUCUGAUGUUUUAUUGGUGAAAAUGGUAUUAUUAGGGGAUACAGAAUGACAAUUUUGGUGGUAGAGUGGUGUACCUAGAAUCUCAAGUCAUGGCUAAUUAAACCCUUUACCAAACAAAAUAUAAGAUAAUGUGCCAGUAGACCAAUAGACAUGAAAUCAGUGAUCAGUGAGAAAACAAUGUUAGUAUUAGGUCCUAGGC